UUCCAUCUUUAUAUGCAUGACCAAAUGAAAGCAAAGUUUUUGGAAGAGAAUGAAGAGGAAUGGAAGAAAGAUUUCAUUGAAAAGAUUUCCGUGCCGGGUUAUAAGUUUCUGCCUGAAAUGACACAACAAAGAUUCGUCAAGACGCAUUUACCCUUUAAGCUGCUGCCACCGAGUAUAAUGGAAAAGCGCGCCAAAGUCGUUUAUGUAGCGAGACAUCCAAAAGACGUCGUGGUUUCAUAUUAUCAUCUCAAUAAAUUGUAUCGAACGCAAGGAUAUGUCAACGAUUUCAAUACAUUCUUUGAAUAUUUUACUAAAGAUUUAUUACAUUGGAGCCCUUACUUCGAACACAUUAAGGAUGCUUGGAGUCAUCGUCAUGACGAAAAUGUUUUAUUUCUUUUCUACGAAGAUUUGAUCAAAGAUUUGGAAAGUUCUCUGAAGCAGCUUGCCUGUUUCCUGGGGAAGCCGCUAAAAGAAGAACAUUUACCAAAACUGCUAGAUCAUCUCAGCAUUCAAAAUUUUAAGAAUAAUCCUGCCCUUAACGGAAAAGAUUUAAUAGAUGUGAAAGUUCUUGCAACGGGCGCUCAAGGAUUCGUUCGCCUUGGCAGCACAGAGAAGAAUAGCGAAUUGACAAGUGAAAUGUCUCAAAAGAUUGAGAAAUGGAUUGAAGCGAAUUUAAAGGAUUCCGAUUUUAAGUUUAGGGUUUGA